CAUUUCGUGAUAUCAUCAGGAUAUAUUACGAAAAAUCUUGGUCACCCCUCUGAAACUCUGGCAUGGCUGAGAAGGAUCAGUCCAAACCCUUGGCCCCUGCCGGCUACAAUCUCCGCAGCGAUGAGGAAGAAGCCAUGUCCAGGGAGCUGAAGAAGCUUCCCCCGCGAAAAUAUAUCAAGUGCUGCGGCUGCAUAACUGCUCUCAUACUAAUCCAAGCUGUGAUCCUCCUAGUUCUGGCUUUCACCAUUUUUCGGGUAAAAGAUCCGGUGAUUAAAAUGAAUGGUAUGAGAAUCGGGCCGCUAGAGCUCGAGGAUAGUACCAACCUGACGCUGGUUGCUGACGUCUCAGUGAAGAAUCCCAACGUGGCGUCAUUCAUAUUCAGCAACGCCACCACCUCCAUCACCUACAAUGGCACCAUGAUCGGCCAGGCUCGAACCCCACCAGGAAAGGCCAAGGCCAGACGCACCCUUCGGAUGAAUGUCACAGUGGAGAUCAUUCCCGAGAAGAUAAUGGCAGUGACGAGGCUGCUGAGCUCCCGAGCAAUCAAUAUUUCAAGCUACACUAGAAUCGCAGGCCGAGUGAAGAUAAUCAAGAUCAUUAAGAAAAAUGUUGUCGUGAAACUGAACUGCACCAUGAUGGUUAACCUAACAAGUCGAGAGAUUCAAGGUCAGAGCUGCAAGCGGCAUCUUUGGAUAUAGAUUUUCCUUUUUUUUUUUCUUUUUGUUGAGGGGUUGUGGGGGGCUUUUAAGGUUUAGUUUUGCUUGAUCGUUGUGAUGAAAUGAUUCAACUUUUUAUAGGUUUUCUGUAUUAUAUAUGAGCAGAUUGCGAAGAGGGCGGUCUCCAUAUACAGAAAUUGAUUACUACUGAGUUGUUAAUGAGCUCGAGGUUGGCGUUUGUGUAUAAAUAUUUUACCAGGAA